UGCGAUCUCCGUGAUUUGUCACGUGACCACAGCCUCUUUCUGGGUAAACUCUCCACGAAAUGGGAGCAAAGAAACCCGAUCCCAAGGCCUCGUCCAAGAAGGCACCGGCCAAGAAGAAGGAAGGUGGAGGAGGCGGCAAGGCUAAGAAGAAGAAGUGGUCGAAAGGAAAGGUCAGGGACAAGUUGAACAACUUGAUUCUUUUUGACAAGGGCACAUAUGACAAACUGUACAAAGAAGUACCCAGUUACAAGCUGAUCACCCCAUCUGUCGUUUCUGAGAGGCUGAAGAUCAGAGGCUCACUAGCCAAGGCUGCACUCAGGGAACUCCAUGGAAAAGGCCUGAUUCGCUUGGUGUCGAAGCACAGUUCCCAGCUCAUCUACACGCGUGCAACAAAAGGUGGAGACAAUGAGUAAAUGUUGGAUCUGUAAAUAAAAAAAAAAUCACAA